AAUUUAGAGUCAGUUAUCCGGCGACUGUGAGGGGAGAGUAGAUUGACCUGUGAGGGGAGAGUAGAUUGACCUGUGAGGGGAGAGUAGAUUGACCUGUGAGGAGAGAGAUGUAUCGUUUUAAUGGACUCUUCCGUGAUCCCAGGAAGCAUAAACCUGCAUGGACGGGUGAAAUAAGGCUAGAUACUUCACAUUUUUUGCCUCUUUUGGGAUACAGCACUAAGAUGAAUGAGGAUAUUACACUUACAAGACGCAACGUGACCCACGCUGUCAACAGGAAAAUUAGCUACAUUGAGAGCGCUUACUCCCACAACUGUGAGAAGGUGAUAGGCCAGAUAUAUGAGAAGGCUUGGCUAAGAGGCUACAAGAGGAGGCAGUUCUUCGUUUCUAGUAAGGUGCCCAUGAUAGGAUACGAGGGACAUCUUGCGAGUAAAUUUAUGAAAUUGUCAAGGAGAAACCUCGGCGUACAAGAGAUGGAUGCCUGCUUCGUGGAGGGGCCUGUGGGCUUACAAGGCAAGGACUUAAACGAUGUUUGUCCAGUGAAUGAGAAAGGAGAGUGUAUCCUUGAUGAGGGUAGUGACUUCAUCCGUGUGUGGCGCACCAUGGAGGACCAGUUCUUGCUGAACCACACCAACUUCAUUGGUCUCUGUAACUUCAACAUCGACCAAAUAAACACAAUAUGUCAAUGGGCCAGGUUCCCACCACACAUGGUUCAGAUGGACAUCAAUGUAUACAACAUGCGCAAGGAAGAGAGGAGGAUACUCAGGGAAUGGCGUAUCAAGAUUAUAGCUACACACAUCUUUGGCUCUCCCACCUUCAUCCCCACGAAGGACCGCCCAGUGUUGAGGAAACAUCCCACAGUGAUGAAGCUUGCCUCUGACCAUGGAGUGGUGGCCAAUGUCAUAUUAGUGAAGUUCCUCACCCAGCAGAAUAUUGUCUGCAUGCUCCCUGGUUGUUCCAGAGAUGAACAGGACCAGAUCUAUGCUAAUAUCACAAAGUUCCAGCUGAGUUACGAGGAAAUGGUGAUGCUCAACAAGCUGGACACAGAGGGUGCUGCGAGACUCAUGGAUUUCCCUGACUACAAAGGGGACAUCUGUUUUACCUGAGCCCCAGUGAACCCCAAGAUGAU